ACUGGAUAGACACAGACAGUCACACCAGGAGUGUGAUCCAAGAUAUAACACAUGUGGCAGGAAGUACCACAAAUAUGGCAUUUACUGUUACCACAAGAAGUCGAAGUUAUAGUAAUGAUGCAGAAGACAGCGUGUUUGACUCGGCAGCCAGUCCAGAAGACUGUACGACUAUGAAACAGGAACUGGUUCAGAAACCCAGGAGGCACAGGAGGUUUGUGAGGCAACAUUCCUACAGUCCAUACGAGGUCAAGGAGAAGACACUUGCCCACCAUCACCAAUGGAAGGCUCCAGAGUUUUUCCGCGGAGCCAGACUACCUCCGGGGCGAAUAGUCGCCCACCAGUCCAGUCUGCCCCCGCUUCCUGUGCCUGACCUGUCACAGACCCUCCAGAAAUAUCUCAAGGUGGUGAGACCAUUAGUAGAUGACAAUGCCUUUCAGAAAACAAAACAGUUAGUUGAAGAAUUUGGGAAACCAGGAGGCCUUGGUGAGAGUCUACAGGCCAAACUGCAGAGGAGGGCUCAAGAGAGACAAAAUUGGCUUGAUGAUUGGUGGCUUCACACGGCAUAUUUAGACAACCGUCUGCCUGUUGUCAUCCAUGUGAACCCAGGGAUUGUAUGUCCACCACAGGACUUCAAUGGCAAGACAGAGCAACUUCAAUUUGCUGCUAAGCUAGUUGCUGGUGUGUUGGACUAUAAAGUACAGAUAGACAACCAAUCAGUGCCCAUAGACACUGCGAGGACCCAGCCCCUGUGUAUGGACCAGUACUAUAAACUGUUCUGUGCCUGUCGCCUGCCGGGGGAGCAGCGUGACCAGGUGGUGGUGUACGGACCUGACUGUGACAUCAGACCCAGGCACAUUGUAGUGGCACACAACAACCAGUUCUUCAGUUUGGAUGUUUACGAUAAUAACUGGAAGCCUCUGAGUGCAGACCUGAUCCAUGCCCAGCUCCAGAGGGUGGUAUGUCAGUCCAAACAUCCCAGUGUGCCUGUAGGGAUUCUUACUACUGGGGACAGAGACACCUGGGGCAGAGUCUACAAGGCACUCAGGAAAGACAAAGCGAACAAAUUGUGCCUGGAAGCUGUGAACAGGAGUAUCUUCAUGCUGUGUCUGGAUCAGGAGACAGCCAGGGGACAGGACAGGUGGACCAGCAUGGGGCAUCAGCUGAUGCACGGUGGAGGGAGUCAACAGAACAGUGGGAACAGGUGGUUUGACAAGACGUUACAGUUCACUGUGGGUACAGACGGAGCCGUAGGGAUUGUGUAUGAACAUUCUCCAGCUGAAGGACCUCCUAUCAUUGCCUUACUGGAUCACAUGUUGGACUACUGCUCUGAAGCCCCAGCAGUCAAAGAGACAAGUGUUCAGCCUAAGGAGCCUGAGAGACUAGUGUUCUCCCUCAAUGACAGCUUACUAGAGGCUAUUGACAAUGCAAAGCGAAACCUUGACAUGCGAGUGCAGGACCUGGACCUUCAUCUUGUCAGAUUUAAGACAUAUGGCAAGAACUUCCCCAAGUCCCAGAGACUCAGUCCAGACAGCUACAUCCAGAUUGCCAUGCAGUUAGCCUACUACAGAGUAUACAGAGUUGCAUGUGCUACGUACGAGAGUGGGUCCACACGGAUGUUUCACCUGGGAAGAACAGACACCAUCCAGUCAGCCUCUGUGGAGUCUCUGGAGUUCUGUACAGCCAUGCAGGACAGCAGUGUGCAUCCCUCUGAGAAAGUGGCCUUAUUGAGAAGAGCAGUGGAAGGUCACAAGAAGUAUGCUCAGGAGACAGUUAGCGGCCAGGGAAUUGACAGGCAUUUGCUUGGGUUGAAAUUGAUAGCAGUGGAGGCAGGAUUAGAUGUGCCAGACUUGUUUGUGGACAGUACCUACGAGCAGGCUGUGCACUUCAAGCUCUCUACCAGCCAGGUUCCGUCAAAAUAUGACUCAUUGCUGUGCUUUGGACCAGUAGUACCAGAUGGGUAUGGUGUCUGCUACAACCCAGCCAAGGACCACCUCAACUUCUGUAUCUCUGCCUUCAACAGUAGCCUGGAGACAGACACACAGAAGCUGGCCGAUGCUCUGCACCAGAGCCUGGUGGACAUGCAGGAGUUGCUGCAAACCCAGGCUAAGCUGUAGACCAGGUAUUAAUGCAGUUACCUGCUGACAAAUAACCUACUAUUUAUGUUUACUGACGGAAAAUAUAUUGAUUUUGCUCUG